AAAGGGUGGAAGAAAUAGACGUAACCUGCCAAUUAAGACAGGUCUGAGCAAAUCCUGAUUUAAUGUCCAGCUGACUCGCGUUACACACAAGGAACUACUAAAGAUGAGCAGUGACACCGACAACAGCAAGGAGAUGUCCAAACAUCUGAGGAAUGGAAACUCCGAGGACCAGGGCGGCAAUUGGCGACUCUGGGCCAAGAACCUCUCAGGUGUAGCAGCCUGCCUGGCGAGCAGUUUCUUCAAAGGCCCAGUACCAGCAACAUCGCGAUACGUCAUAGACCGAGGAUACACACCAUAUCAGAUGCUUUUCUUGGAUGACUUGCUGAUUUUCCUUGUGGCACUGAGCAUCACUGUGUACCAACGCAUAGACAUGCUGCCAAAAGGCUGGAAACAUGGAGUCCACUUGAUUUUUCUCGGAUGCGCACGGUUUACCAGUGUCAUUUGCCUGUUCACGGCGUUCCAGUUUAUUCCACCUGCGACCGCAGAAGCCGUGUGGAACGCCAGUAUGCCGGUUUUUGUGGUGACCCUGUCCUGUAUCUUCCUUCAACAGAUUCCAACUCGUGUGACCAUCCUCGGCAGCAUGUGGUGCGUAGCAGGUGUUGUGCUUCUGGGCUACGGUAGCUUCGUCAACAUGACGUCAUCAGCGGAUACCACUGACGUCACUCUUGGACAGAUUCUAGCCGUAACAGGAGCGCUGAUUCACUCCAUGCUUGACGUUGGAGCCAAAAAUAUUUUAGAAACCACCCCGAGGGCAAAGGCUGUGAUGUACACAUACGCUAUAAGUACACUCUCUGCCGGGAUAGGAGCUCCCGAGUGA